AAUAGAAAACAACAUCAGCAAACAAACAUGCGGGAAACCGCUGCUGCUGGUAAAGAUCCAGCUGAACCUGCUCUCCAGAAUCCCUCAGGAGCCCAGAAUCCCUCAGGAGCCCAGAAUCCCUCAGGAGCCCAGAAUCCCUCGGGAGCCCAGAAUCCCUCAGGAGCCCAGAAUCCCUCGGGAGCCCAGAAUCCCUCGGGAGCCCAGAAUCCCUCAGGAGCCCAGAAUCCCUCGGGAGCCCAGAAUCCCUCAGGAGCCCAGUAUCCCUCGGGAGCCUAAAGCAGCCCAACACCGGACCGGCCUGACCACCGCAUGCAAGAGAACCGUGAGACCAAC